AUGCCUCGCCAGCGCCGCCCUAUUGAAGAACGGCUGGCCUCAGGGGAUAGUCAGCCUGCAGGAAUCCCUUCUGUCGGGGAGAGCCCUCCCAAGAUCCUAAAGCGACUUCUUCAUUGGGAUGAUCUACCUCACUGGCAACGAGACAACCAUCACAUACAUACUGGAUAUCGGCCCGCCUCGUCCUCGUUUUUGAGUUCAUUCCAGUCCCUGGGUUACCUUCACAAUGAGACGGUCAACAUCUACACCCACCUUUUACCAGCGACAAUUGCUGCUCCAGCAGCAUACGGACUGUACCAUUUACUUGCUCCGCGGUACCGGAAUGCAGCCGAUUCCGAUAUCCUCGCCUUUUGUUGCUUCUUCGCCGGGGCUAGCUUCUGCCUUGGUAUGUCUGCCACCUACCACACUAUCUCGAAUCAUUCUCCAGUGGUUGCCCGCAUUGGUAACGCGCUUGACUACAUUGGGAUCGUGGGACUUAUUGUUGGGAGCUUUGUACCCAGCGUGUUCUACGGGUUCUACUGUGUCCCCGAGCUCCAACACAGGUAUUGGACCAUGAUCUGUACCAUUGGAUUGGGCUGUGUGAUCGUUUCCGUCCUUCCCCGAUUCCGCACGCCCACCUGGCGUCCAUUUCGCGCCGCCAUGUUUGUCGGGAUGGGCUUGUCUGCCGUCUUUCCCGUGGUCCAUGGCGUCUUCCUUUUUGGCUUUGCUCGCAUGAGACAGCAGAUUGGACUCGGUUGGCUUCUUCUUCAAGGCUUCUUGUAUAUCCUCGGUGCAGGGAUCUAUGCGGCUCGAGUACCCGAGCGUCUCAUGCCCGGGAGAUUCGAUAUCGUGGGGAGUUCGCAUCAGAUCUUCCACGUGCUGGUUGUUUGCGCAGCGGUGGCCCAUCUCACAGGGCUGCUGAAGGCAUUCGAUUAUCGGCACAGUGGGGCUGCCGAGACGUGUCAGAUUCCACGCGGCUGA